AACGCCUACAAUCAAAAACCUAUAAGCAUACUGAUAUCAAUAAUUACAUAUAUUUAUGGAAUGUACUACCAUCCAACAAGAAAUUUUAAAUUUGUGUACCAAUUCAGUUUUAUCAAUUGUAUGUGAAUGCGCAGGUUCUGUGUGUCAAUCGUAUUGAACGUUGAACAUGAUAUAUAUAUAUAUAUAUAUAUAUAUAUAUAUAUAUAUAUACGCAACAAUCAUACAUAUAUAUUUGCACUCAAUUAUUUAAAUAAAUCAACACACUAGUUCACGUACCGAUACAUACCAUUUCAUACAUACACAUACCCACUUUGUAAGCAUACGUAAUUUGAUAUAAUAAACAGUAGAAACACAAGAAACGAUGAUAUUCACUCCGGCCAAAAUGAUCAGCGACUAUUGUCUGUUAUUUUGUGAUUUGAAUAUAUUCCAAUUAUUGCAUCCUAUGAUUCACAUAAAAUAAUGUUCUAUAAUUAUUUAUUCAAUAUUUAACUAUCAGGAAUAUUAGAAAAAUCUUUCUGAAAACUGUAUGGAAAUUAUAUUAUUAAUCAAUUGGUGAACUGAAAUUUUAAUCACUUAGAAAAUUCAUAGACAAGAACUGUUGAAAACAUAGAGGAUUUUGACGACCAUAAACAACGCCAUUAUUAUUAUUAUUAUUAUUAUUAUUAUUAACAACGGUGACAAAGUACGAAACGAAAUCAGAACAAAAACAGUAAUCAGCACUACGCAAUAGAACGGGGUGAUGCACGAACUAUUAUUUUUCUUUGAAAUCUAUUUUCUUAUACAUUAUGCAUGGGAAUUUGGAUAAAAUUACAUUGAAUCUUUUAACUUCUAUGAAAACAAUGUAAUAUUGUAGUUUAUGUGUGAACUUUGAAUUAUUUAUUUCAAAGAGUGAAAGGCAGAAAGUGGAAAAUAAAUAUUUAAAAAAAUUGAAAACUCAACGCUUGAUUUAUCAAAUCAGUAAUUAUUUCAUUAAUCAAUUUAUUGAAUAAUAAGUAACAAACAAAACAAAAUAAGUAAGAUCACUUUGAACAAAUUCAUGUUCAAUUCCCAGUGGACGUUGUCAAGUUUAUCACCAUUAUUGUCAGCUGUUUUAAAUUUAUCGGAAAUACUACAUCAACAACAACAACUACUACUGAUAAUAAUAAUACUGGUAGUGCUACGACUUUUAUUAAUAUCAUUGAUUUUAAUUCAUUAUUAUUUUAGUCAUUCAUCUCAUUGUUAUCUCACUGGUAUCUUUGAGUGGUUUAACAACUAUCUACCCUCAUCACAUUCACUCACUUCCCCUUUUUCUUAUUUCGUGGAGUUAAUAUCACUGCCAUCCUCAGCACUGACAUCCUCGUUGUUACUAUCACUGUCAUGGAUAUUCUGCACAUUGUUUGGUGCUCUAAGUAUAUGGUUCUGGAAAUCAGUAUGUUACCUCAGUACACGAUUAUAUCAUCAGAAGGAUAUACUACUAUUUUUCAGAAACAGUAUUAAUGAUAUUCGUAAUUAUAGAAUUUACAGUAAAAUAAAUGUCAUACUACUUACAUUGCACACUGAUUCAAUCAUUUUCAUAUAUAAUCUUAUCAGUGGAUGGAAUUCAAGCGAUACGUUGAAGAGUAAAAUUAAAACAUCAAAAAGACUUACGCAACGUAAACGUUUAAGUCAUGGAAUGAGUACAUUAUUCACUAUAUACUUUGGAUUAUUAAUUUAUUUAGAACUAUGUGGAAUUGAUUAUGCUGAAAGUAGACCGAUUUCAACCGAAAACGAACGCAGAUAUGGUAAUUUAGAUUUACAUCCGGCUAAAUCAUCACAACAAAAGACACCAAAAGUGGUUAUGCCACCAUAUGACCUUGGGUUUAAAGGUCAAAAAACAGACGAACUGAACAAAGUAAAAUUAUAUCCACUGUUAUCAUCAUCAUUAUCGUAUCCUACAUUUUUGAGUGAUUUUAAUGACAAUUUCGAUCAAAUGAAAGGUUUUCAGUCAGAUGAAACAUAUGUAAGAGAUUCUCAAACACAGCAGCAGCAAAGAAAACAACGCUAUCAGAGAGUAAGUCGUGAUAAUUUUAACUCACAAGAAGAGACCGACAAUGAUGAUGAGGACAAUGCUGUCGAAUUUUUCAAUACACGUUUGAUGUAUGAUUCGAAGUUGUCUCAAUCUAAUCAUCUUAAUAAGAAUAGUGUAAGAUCAUACGGACAAUCUCCAUCGGUAUCAUCAUCAAUACCGUCAUUAACAGAAAGAGAGACAAAUGAACGACUUGACUAUAGAAGAGUAAACCUUGCACCUUCUAAAUCAACAAUACAAAAACAGAUAUCAUACUCCUCAUAUAAUCCAUAUACAAGAAUGAAUAAUUAUCAAGAAUCGCUUUAUAUACCUGACCAACAAACUAUGUAUGAAGUGAAUACUCAACAGUACCCUCGUGAACAAGAGAAGACAUGGACCAGAAAGGAUAAUAAUAAUAAGCCAUAUCAACGUCAUGAACUAUAUGAUGGUUAUACAGCUCAUAUGAAUCGUGAAAAUCCGUCUAGUUGGUUUCCUUUUCCUAAUUAUCAAACCAAUAAUAAUAAUCCAUUGAACAAUAGACCAUUAUAUUCACAACAGUCAAAAAUACAACACCAACACCAACCAUCCUCAAGUUUAAAUAGUUACUCAUAUUAUAGCACUCCAAACAAAAAUAUUGAUAGUAAUAAUAACGUUAAUAAACGUAAUCCAUUUUCAUAUUUUCCUGAGAUUUCGGAUAUUCAAUUAUCUCAUCUAAUUUAUCAGUACCAAAUGGAAUUAUUACGUCGACAAUCUGGACGUUUACCCGAUAUUGAUUAUCAAAUGGAGCAUAAUUACUAUGGUCAACCGGCUGAAUCGUCUUCACACCAUUUACCUAACGUUUAUGGUUUGUAUGUAAAAUAAACCGUAAUUGAUUGCGGGGGUCAACGGGAGAUAUAAUGAAUUUCAGCGAACACUUUUUAUCUUGUAGGUUAUAUCUUGAAGUUAUCAUAGUUAUACAGCCAAUAAAAACCAAAAAGCAUUUAAUAGCUGUUUCGUUCUUCUGUGGGACUUGGGGAGUCGAAUCCAGGACUGCUAGAUCUGAAGGAUGCCUAACUCUUGGGCCAAUAAGCCAAUACCCAAAUGUUUGCAUUCAUAACUUUUAUUAAUUUGCAGUAUUGUACAACCAUCAUGUAGUCCUGUUGGUUGGUAACUAUCUCACACCCAAUAUUGUUGAACUUCACGGAUUAAAAACUCCGACCAGUGCUCCUGGAAAUAACUUUCGGAAUUAGUCAUUACCUAGUGUAUGAUUAUGAUCACUCCAAUAAAUUUAGAGUCUAAUCUGCUGCGUGAAAUAUGAAGGUCCUGGGGUUCAUCCAUGGUAUGGUCGUGGAUGAAGACUUUAGAAGAUUUCAAUACUGUAACCUUUCAGCUGUGUCGUGUCUCCUGGCUUCCAUCAGUUAUCUAAAUAAGGUCCCUUUGUGAUGUCGCCUAUAAAAUUCACUCAUCCCUAUGAACCCCCCGUCCUAAUAUUUCUUAUCUCUGCUCACGAUUCCUCCUUAUUAAAUUUCACAUUUACAACCAAGCAAUUUCUGUAUAAUCUCAAACUAAGAAGCUAACCUUUAAUUAAAUUACCCUUUACAAAACACGAAACUAAAAAAUGAUAAUUGCAUUAAAGUAUAUGUACAGUGUAUUUGAGCACAAACUUGGUGAUAAGCUAUAAAAAGCAGUUCAGGUAUAUCUUGAUGUAGGUACCUGUAUGAGUUUUGUUAAUGUUGAAACAGAUUCUGCCAAUCUAGAUAUAACGAUCGCAUGUACUGUAGCUUGCUUGUGACCUUAAGAGGUUUUGUUCAUAGAAUUGGUGAUAUCAUGUGCAUUGUACUUAGUGCUGACCAUGUGUGUCUAGGUACUGAACUAAUGAUGAGUCAGCAGGUGUUGUCAUUUUAAAACUUCAGCUUGGUAAAUUACACAUCAAGAGUAUCGUUACAGUUAACUUUUGUACAGUCAAUCAAAUAAAGACGCGAAGGCGGUAGAGAAUGUCAAAAUGGUCUCAUGUUUAUGGCAUAGCAUGGUGAAAAUGUAGGUGGUUAUGUUAAGUUCGUAUCAGUAAGCCCAUCACAAGGUACUGAGGUUAUGUUGAUUGGUAUAAUAAGAAGUUAUUUAUCCCUAAUGGGGUUAUGGGUAUACAUUACUAGAGGGACUCACACUAAGACGAAACAACUUCCCAGUGUUCGUUGAUCUUCAAUGGUAUCCCAACUGAGAAAUAGUAGUGCUGGUAACUUUAUAUCUCAAAGUUUAUAAUUUCCGAUACUUUUCCCUCUUUAUCUCUUAAGGAUUUUCUCCAAUGUAUUUCUUUCAAAUGUUAUCUCUUCGCUUCAUAAGCAACAUAUCUUGGUGAUGUAUUUUACUGAGCAUUUGCGUUGUAACAUGAAAAAAUUAUACAAAACCAUGUCAAACUGAUGAUUUAUUAAAGUCAGUAAAUGAUCCAGUUCAUGAUAAGUUAUAGUUGAUAAAAACCUUGUAAUGAAAAUAACCCAUAGUGUCAUUGAAUAAGAAAAAGAGAAUUCAGCGAAGAAAAUUUUCUUAUCGACGAGAUCAUAUAUAUAUAUAUAUAUGUCUGUAGGAGGAUAGAAAAAAUUGCAUCACCAAAAUGGAUUCGAGGAUAAAUAACAAAUGAGGUUACGUAGUAAUCAAGGGGUAAGGAAGAAAAUAAUUUAUGGGUCAGAUAAUAGGUCCAAUUGACAAAUAUGAAGAAAAGGGACAAACACAAAGGUCAUAAUAAUAAACUGAAUAAUAAUCGAAAAACUUGUAUAAGGUAAUAAUAAUAAUAAUAAUAAUAAUAAUAAUAAUAAUAAUAAUAACUGAUAAGAGUUUAAAAUGCAAAAUAAUAAUUUUAAAAAAUGCGAUGAUAAUCAAAUAAAGGUGCAGAAAAAACAAAAAGCAUACCCAUUAAGGGAAUUAGGGCCAAGGAAGGAUGAGAGGUUGGACAAAUCGCUUGUGCACUCAAAGUUCAGGUUUGAGUUUGUGAAUUGACUCUGUAGAUCACUUUAAAGGAAGAAUGUUUGAGAGCGAUGUGUCCAAAAUUGAUUAAAUGCUCCUGUAUAGAACUAGUGAUUGUCUUACAUUCUCCUUUUAAAAGCCAAGCCGGAUAGUGUUCUGAGAUGCGUUUGGAAAGUAAUUGCUUUGUUCGGCCUAUGUAAUGAGCCCCACAUGAGCACGUAAAUUUAUAGAUACACAAUGAUGUGGCCCAAAGCUAUAGUUUAUCUUUAACACAUUCAGGAAUGGUAGACCGACUUGAGAAAACCAUUCGGUGCUUGGCUGUGUAGAAAGUUUUAUUCAGUGAUUUUGAAAUCCGUUUAUUUAAGAUUUCAGCAGCCGUGUCUCCUUUAAAUUCCACAAUCAUGAACAACGUUUUCUUCUAUACUGUUGAUACUUUCUCAUGAUGAAUUCUAGGUGUUAAGUUACUAUCGAUGAAUCUAGGUGGAUAACCGUUUCUGAUGAGAGUUUGUAGAAGUUGAAUUAGUUCCUCAUCUAUUGUGUCAGUGGGACAGAUUCGCUUGAUCCUAGAGGAUAAAGAGUGAAUUAAGUUCCUCUUUCUACUCAAUGAGACCCGACUAUGGAAAUUAGUGUAGUGUCCAUUCCAGGUAGGUUUUCUAUAUAUAGAUCGCUGUAAAAACCAUCAGGCAUUCUUUUUAAUCGGACAUCAAGAAAAUGAAAUCCAUUAUUUGGCUCUGCUUCUAGGGUGAAUUGAAUUGAGGAGUGACAGUUAUUGAAACUGUUCAAAAUUUCAUUUAGUUCUGUGGUGGACGAGACGAUAUAUAAACGCAAAAAGUAUCAACAAAGUUAAUAAAGAUCAAUAGAAAUGUUAAUAUAUAUAAGUUAAUUAUUACAAAUACAAUAGAAAGUUAAGACUUUACUUAAGUUCACCAAAUUGAUGCGUGUUCGGCUUUGGUCUGGUACUAAGAAACCACAAUUAUAAUGCUUGGUAAUUCCGAUCUGGUUGACGAACUCUCCAGUGAUAUAAUCCAACAUAGGAUGUGAUAUAUUCCAAUUACAGUCUAUAAACGUAGAUAGUAUUUGAUUUAGACUUCAGUUAACUCAAUCACAAACGAAGAUAGAACGAGGAAUGUGUGAGUAAACGUGUAUUUGUUAGCCAGCAAGAGUAUGUCACGCUGUUAGUAUCACAACGGAAAGUGUGUUCAAGGUCAUUUACUAAAACAACAAGUACAAUCAUUUAAUGAUAAAAUAUACAGACAGUGAAAGAUUGACAAAAUAAAUACAAAUAAUAUUAAAAACUAUUUACAAAAUAAGCUUGUCAGGCCUAUCUCCACAGGCCCAUAUCUUCUUCACAAAUCAUCCAUAUAUCUCUUCUAUAAAUGAAAUCUCUCAAUUAUUGGACGAAGUACAGAAUUUUCCAGAUUGGCCAUGAAGCAAUCAGCCAAGAGCGGAUCCAAUGGAGAACCCCUUGCAACUCCAUCUAUUUGUCUAUAGAAAACAUCAUUAAAUCUAAAUUGCACAUAUCAAGAUUAUUGUUUUUAAUACAGUCACAUAAAAGACAGAUGGUUUCAGUGAGAGGAACAUUUGUAAAAAGAGAAGUGACAUCUAAUGAAAACAUUUCCUUACCAAUUACGUUGAUAUUUAUAACUGAGUCGACGAAUUCAAAGGAGUCAAGAGAAUCGUAUUUAUUGACAUGAUUUUUAACAGGUUGUAAAAUGUCAACUAACCAUUUAGCGACCAAGUGAUAAGGAGAGUUGUUCAUAUCAGGUAUAGGACGUAGUGGGACAUUAUUCUUAUGAACUUUUGAGAGUCCAUAUAGUCUUGGUAUAACGGAACCCGAUGGUUUGAGAUGUGCAUAGAGGUCACAAAUGAUAAUAGAACCAUCUUUCAUUUUCUUUAAGAUUUUAACUAGCAUCUGUUCAGUUUUUUCAGCUGUCUUUUUGAACGGUCUCAAUAGAGAAUUUGACAGGAUCAGAUAAUAUCGAAGAUAUUUUGGUAACAUAGUCAAGACGAUCCAUAAGGACAAUUCCUGCCCCCUUGUCUGGGCGACAUAACACUAAGUCCUGAUUUCUCCGAAGAUAAGAUAAUUGAGAUUUAUGUUCUUUUGUGAGUAAUCGACUAAUUGUAGGUGUUUUAUAUACAUAUUGAUUACAAAAAUCCACAAGAGUUGUUUUGAAAUGCUCAAAAUCUUCAUUAGAUACUGGAAUAAAGUCGUUAGUCUGACCAGUGAGGCUUUCAAACUGGAUGACGUACUACAAAAUUUAGGACCAAGAGAUAAUGCUUGUAGCUAAAUAGUUGAUAAUUUUAUACUUGAGCAAUUAAAAACAUAUUUCUCUGGAGACUCAGGAAAAGAAGCCUGAGUAUCCGUCUGUUUCAAAGUUUUCAUUAAUUCCAAGAUCACGUCUUCCUUACGACUUUUGCUAACAUUGUCAAUGUAAUCUUUGAAUUUGAAACGUUGAUCUUCUGACAAAUCAAAUAAUAUAUGUGAAAGUAAAGAAAUAUUCCGUUCCAAUUCCGGUAUUCUAGACUUAAUUUCAUCGACAUAAUUCAGCGUAAGGCGUUUCAAAGAACGAUGAUUUGGAUGGAUGUGAUUUCGGCGUAAUGAUUUAAAAAAUGGUCUCGGAUAUUCAUGUUUGUCUAAAAAGCUUUUCAGAAAAUUGAUUCUGGUAUUCACUAUGGCAAGCUUGACAGAAAAACUGGGUUCCAUUACUGUCACCGUGUCCUUGCAGCUCUUCAGAUAAUUAAAAUAACCCAUUUUGCAUUUUAAACUCUUAUCAGUUAUUAUUAUUAUUAUUAUUAUUAUUAUUAUUAUUAUUAUUACCUUAUACAAGUUUUUCGAUUAUUAUUCAGUUUAUUAUUAUGACCUUUGUGUUUGUCCCUUUUCUUCAUAUUUGUCAAUUGGACCUAUUAUCUGACCCAUAAAUUAUUUUCUUCCUUACCCCUUGAUUACUACGUAACCUCAUUUGUUAUUUAUCCUCGAAUCCAUUUUGGUGAUGCAAUUUUUUCUAUCCUCCUACAGACAUAUAUAUAUAUAUAUAUAUGAUCUCGUCGAUAAGAAAAUUUUCUUCGCUGCAAAACAUUGUAAUUUAAGUCCAUCCAAUAAAAAUAUUAAUAAUAAUAACAACAAUAGUGAUUUUACGCAUAGAUGGAUGGCAAUUAGCAGUGCAAUCCAGUACAUGUGUCCCAUCCUAUUUAGGACUCGUCAGCUGGAUAAACCGAGAUCCCGGAAUCGAUGGUUACUCCACGACACGAAUUCAGUACUGUUCAGUUCAAACACCAUCACAUAAUCCACUGGUUGUUCCGAUUUUUCAGUUGAAGUUUAGAACUGCAAUUGAUAAGACUAUUUUGGAAUAUGUGUAUACUGUGUGAAUUGCCUUGAUAUUUCCUUAAGUUACAGGCAUUAUGAGCAGAAUUGGGAUGUUGGCUAGCAGGCAAUUCACAUAGGAUGCAUAAAUGCCAACAGACUGAAACAUCAUCGGGAAAAUGCAAACAACCAAUAUAUAUUGGAUUGAAAUAACAAUAAUAAUAUUAAUAAUACUAGGAGUAUUGAUAGUGGUACUUCUAUCACUUUAAAACCUAUUCGUCACGGUAAGUGACUGUCAUUAGGUUUACUUAAUUAAUUCCAUAAUGAACUCCAUUUUUAUUUCUGAUUUCCGUUCUAUCUCUUAACAAAGACUUGCAUUUAGAAUAUUUGCAUUCCAGGUUUGUGCUUAGAGAUUUUAUAUUAAACUAGUUUACUUUACCAGCUUCAAACACAACUAUUCUUUACCCAAUAAUUUAGGAACUGAACUCUGACUGUCUGAACUAUCUGAGACUCGUUUGAUCAGUCUGUGUCAAAUGGUUGACAAGUCAUCAGCCAUUAUUAACGUUACCAAUUGGUAGAAGAAAUCUCAUGUUUCGAAAGACACUUUUUACUGCUCUGAAAAAAUUUUGUGAUGCUUCAAAAUGUGCAUAUGCAUUUCUAUCAUUAUCAGAAAAUGUUUGAGUUAUCUCGUUGUUCAUACUUUUAGCUGAGAUUUGGUCGGUCAUUGUUGGCAUAUAUGUAUCCUCUACGGAUUAACUCGAUAUAAGGAUUUUGUCCCAUGUUUUUGUAGAAUAAACGGAUUGUGUCUAGCAGUAGAAUCGAGGAUGCGCGUUUCGUUCUCUACGAUAGAAUGUUAUAAUUAUCAUGCCUGUUGUACAAAUGACUGACUGUUUGAAUAUAAUAACUUAGAAGAUAAGGGAUUGACCGUUUUAACGGAAAGGUACUAAGUUUGAGUCCUCAUAAGAACACGCAAGCUGGAACUUAGGUACAUCGAAGUGAGUGCCGAAUAGUACGAAACGUGAAUGUUGGGUUCUAUGGCUAAUCACAGCUGGUUUGUUCUGCAAAACUUAACUGACCUUUUAAAAUAUUGAAUUUAAACGACAUACCUAAAGACAGGUUAACCGAUGAUGUAAGAGCUAACUCAUUGAAGGAGAUACUGAUUUUAACCUCUUGGAAUAAUGAUGACUCGUCAAUGUAUAAAGCCAAAAAUAGUAUUUUCGCGUACCUAUGACAGUUCUUAAUGUACAGUCUAAUAAUAACUUAAUGUACGUGUAUAAAUUAAUUUCUAAGCUAGAAAUCCAUAUAUUGUAUUUAAGAAGAAAAUUAUUUUUGUAGAAAUCUCGAUUGAACUUAAAGUAAAUUCAUUCUUAAACUUAGCAGUCUGGUUCAAGCUUCUUUAAAGGGAGAUAAUUAAACUUUAAAGUCAUCAUAUGUAAAUGAAUGGUUCUCUCAUUUGUUCUUAUCAGUUAUUUUGUCUAAAUGGAUGGUAAACAACCAAGUUAUUGAGCACAACCACUUAAACUUAUAUUUACUUGUUUCUUCAUUUUCAUUCGAUUCAUGCUGUGACAAGUUUGCUAGAUAGUAUUUAUUACCUUGUCUAAUUUUAUCAACGACCAUAACCUGAGGUCAUAUAAUAUCCAUGAAAUUUUCUGACAUCAGAUCUGAAUAUACUUCUUAUAUCUGGUUUUCCUACCAAAUCAUCCAUGAACACUACAACAUAUUCUAUAUUCAACCAUGUUAUUGUGGUUUUACGACAUGUUUAUUACAGUUUUUGAAUUUUAUUUUUAUUUUCGAUAUUUUUAAUGUAGAAUUAUUUCCCCUUAAAGAGGCUUGAAACAGACUGCUAAAUGAAACAUUCUAUUUACUUGAAGUUCAGUCGCUGAGAGUUUUAACCAAUAUAAUUUUAUUCUAUUAAUGUCUUACAUUAACUAGAUGUUCAACUACUAUAAAACCAUUCAUUAGAAUUCAAACAAAAUUCUAAAUUUUGUUUUGGUGAACAAUACAUCACUUCAAUGUUUUUCAACAUAACAACUAUUUUCAGGAUAUUUUGUAAUACAAUGUUCAAGUUUAUAAACAAUUUCACAAUUAAUUUAUAAAGCUCUAACUGUAUGUAUGUAAGCAGAUGAGAUUUAAGUAUUUUAUGAAGCAUCAUGAAAUAGAUAGUUUACUGGUUAUAACACUUAUCUUUCAGCCAUCAGAUUGAAAGCUCAAAACCUCGCCUCACCUACUUUCGUUCUAGGUAGACCGAUAGUUUCGCUAGUAUUUCCGUACAAAGAAUCUAAUUACCAGAUAAUUUCUUGAAACUUUACUUUGUAAAUAGUCUUUGUUAGCUUGUCUUAAAGUACAAUGUUUUCUUUAUAAAUUGAUUUCUGGUAAACUCAUUUUAGAAAAAUUAUAUGUCUGCCAUUGAAUUUAGAAAUAAUAGUUGGAGCUAUUGGCAAUGUUUCACUAAUCAAUAAUUAUCAUGUGUUUAACGUUUUCGUUCAUUUUUCCAUCUAUCUAGUAGAUGAGUAAUGCAUAUAGAAGUAUAAUUUCACUAAAAUUUCUUUUGAAGCGUCUUCAGCUUUUCUCAACUAAAUCCUAUAAUCUUCUCAGUAUGGCAUAGCCCACUAUGUUUGAUAAAAGCACAAAUGUUGUGCAGGUUACGAUUUGACAUGAAAAUCACACUAAUAUACAAUACCCCAUCCAUUUAAUGGAUGGGAAUAUGGUCAAUAGUGCUGGGUACAUGAUAAUAAUUGAGCAUUGAAUAGGUUUCGAAUAACACCAGCCAACAAAAUCCUGAUGUCCCAUUAAGAAACUUUAAAAGAAAC